CGCUCGUCUCGUCCGGUGACACGCAUUUCCGGAAACGUCUGCCGCGGGUCUAGAAUCGAGCAGGCCUUGGCUUGGCACCGGAGUCAAAGAAACAAUCCAUCGAUCUUCGAUGGUUGUGUCCACCCGAUUCGGUCCGUUGCCUUGCAAUGCAUACAUACGACAGGAGAACAGGAAACAAUGGCGACAGGAAACCAACCGCGGCGCCGCRAUCGACUCUCCCGGCCCUCUACAGACCGGCCACGGUUGCGGCAAGGACAACACCCGAGGCGGCAAGCCCGAGGGAAGAAACAAAGCCACCGCUGUCCAUCUCAAAAUCCUCGACCAAAUCACURGUGACGUUGUUGAAGAGGUCCAUGUCCGAAUCUUCGUCGGUGGCCUUGAGGUUGUCGCAGCCGACGCCGCUGCAAGAGCAGAAGAAGCUGCCACCGACGCAGUUGCAGGUCCAGAAAUCGCAGUCUCCGCAGACAGUCCCGUCGGGCUUUUGGGCGUAGUGGCACAUCUGGCCAGAGCUGGAGCAGGUGUCGCCCGUGACGGGCAUCACCGCCGGAAUGGGGCAGCUUGCCGCGUUCGCGGAGGCGGCGAGGGCGGCGAGGAGAAGGAAAGGGGUGGCGCGGAUCAUCGUGGCAGGAGAGAAGAUGUGAAAACAGAACGGAUUUCCAGAUGUCGGCUGGUUUGGGCUCGAGCAAAAGUUUUUUGUGUUGCUUGAGUGAGGCAGUAAAAUGGAGAUUGAAGG